AUGGCGGCGGCGCAGCCGAAGCCGGCCAAGAGGCUGGGCGGCAUGGCGGAGGCGCUCGCCAUCGCCGCCGACCUCGGAUUCCCCGCCCCUACCACGCAGGAAGAUCAGACAAGCUCUGACAAAAGCGAUGAUUUGGUGAAGGUUUUGAGGGAACUGACUGUUGUGCAGAGGAACAUUGCCAACUUGCAAGUGGAGCUACAGGGAAGAAAGGAUGAUAAAAACAUUGCUCAUUUGACUCAUGUGAGUGAGAUGGAGAAGAAGUGUGAAUCUUUGGCCAGAAUAACUACUAUUUUGAAAGAUGUAAUUCAGAACAAGGAUCGCAUUAUUGCUCGGCUGCAACAACCUUAUUCCCUUGACUGCAUACCAGUUGAAGCUGAAUACCAGAAACAAUUCUCGGAACUACUUCUGAAAGCAGCAAGUGACUAUGGGGCAUUGACAGCAUCAGUCGGCGAUUUCCAGUGGAGCCAAAACUUUAGGGAAUCACCAGCUGUCUGGGGGGAUAACUGUGCAGUUUGUUCUGUAUUCAUUGUGACUAACUGGCCUUACAACAACUCAAAAUUCUUCUUGUACAUAUGUCCUCUGUCACUAGUCAUAGGUUUAACUUCCUCUAUCUCAAUGAAGGAAAUGCUGCGACCGAUUCCUGCUGCACUUGCUUCCUGCACCCGGUUCUUCGAGGCCAUGUCUGCGAUGAGGGAAUCCUUUUCUACUCUUCAGAAACUACGUGUUGGCCAUUUGUCUCUGUCACUGACCCCAAGUGGCUCCAGCGACAAUUCGAAGUUCUUGACGCCACCUCAGUGGAGAGACGGCUCGAUGCUGGAUAGCUGGAAGCAAGUGGAGGACAUGAACCCCGAGAGCGAUGGACUUGUUGAUGCCAUGAACCAGAGGAGGUUGUCUUGGCCCUCCAACAAGAGAGACCCAUAG